CAGGGAUUGGGAAGUGGAAACUAAGAUUCACUUUCUCAAAACCCCAGAAAAAGAAAUUCAACAUAAGUUUCUAAGAUUUGCUUUCUCAAUUCAGCAAUUGGGUCUCUCAUACCAUGAUGUAUUGAUUGAAGAACCUCCCUCCAUCUGUUUAAAGAUGAUUCCAAACUUCAUCUUCUGAUUGAGCAUAACAGUACUGAAAAUAGCUUUUUUUCCUUUCUUUGCUUGAUUUAAAUGAAUGAUGCCCUAAAUACACAAACUUUUGGACAUGCAAAGUGAACACGUGCUGCUACAAUGUGUUGUUCUGAUUGCUAACAUCAAUCGAACUGUGUUAUCAGAUGGAUCGAAUUGCCUAAAAAUAGGUUGCUCAGAAAUUUCUUUCUCCAUUUGUGAAACAAGUUAGUCACAUCUAGUGCUAUAUUCAUACAUGCCAUGUUAUUUUUUCAUCUUUUUCAUCUUUUUCAUCACAUCAGUUAAUUAAUCUCACCAUGGACACAAAGAAGUUACAUGAAGUACAAUUCCUGUGAGUCUCUAAGAGACGUGCCUUUUUUCUGCAAAAUCAUUCAGGUGUCCUUAUUCAAUAAUUUAGCCCUAUGAAAUAGAUUAUUUAUGACACAGUACAGUGGCUUCUAUGGCUAUAUAGAUAUAGAUAUAUAGAGAGAGAGAGCUCUUAAUCGUGGUUAUUUGUCUCUCUUUUUUAAAAUAGAGAUUAAGUUCCAUUCAUGACACCCCACCACAUUCUCUUUCUCAAAAUCCAGAAAAUAAUAAAAAAAUGAAGGUACACUCAGCAUGCACAUUGUAUCAAUUUAUUCUUGCCCAUGAUUGGUAUCUAUAAUUUGGUCUAAGAUUACAUCCUAUCAUCCAAAUCUGAUUCAUCAGCAGCUCUGGUGGACUUGGUUUAUGAAUAAACAAAACAACAAAGAAAAAGGUAAAGGCAAUGGAGCUACUAGGCUCAAAAACCGACAGAACACAAACAAAAGGGGAAAAAAAAAUAACUGGGUUGUGAAACGGUCCAUGGUUAAGCAUUUUCUAUCCAAACACUGCUUUUACUUUUGCUUUUUAAAAGCUAAAGAUGACACCAAAGUAGUGUGUAUGUAUGUAUAUUUGUGUGGGAGAAAAUAAGAGAGGGGAAAGAGAAGACGACAUAGGAUGCUGCUACACUGUUACCUCUGAGCUCUUAACAUUACAACACAUAACACUUCUCACACGCACUCUUUCUCUUUCUCUUUCUCUCUCACCAUCUGCUACUUCAUAUUCAGCACAACUCUAUGAUAUUGCUAUUAUUCCAACUGCACUUCCUUAACUUGUAAGCCAGUUAUCCCAAAAAUGGGAACUUCAACUCUUGGCCUUGUACUUGUACCACUUCUUUUGUGCUUUGCUUCUGUUUCCUCUCUUCCCAUGUCUCUGAGAAGGCAAGCCUCUAUCUUGGUUUCCCUCAAACAAGAUUUUGAGGCUAACACUGAUUCUCUCGGAAGCUGGGACAUGACUAAUAGUGUGUCCCUUUGCACUUGGGAGGGUAUUGAGUGUGACCAAAAGAAUAGGUCAGUGGUGUCAUUGGACAUAACCAACCUCAACCUUUCUGGCACACUUUCACCUUCCAUCACAGCACUCAGGAGCCUUGAGAGUGUAUCACUUGCUGGGAAUGGCUUCUCAGGAGGGUUCCCUAGUGAUAUUCACAAGCUGGCAGGGCUGAGAUUCCUCAACAUAUCCGCCAACAAGUUCAGUGGAGACAUGAAUUGGGAGUUCUCUAUGUUGAAAGAGCUUGAGGGGCUGGAUGCUUAUGACAACGAGUUCAACUGCUCCCUCCCUCUUGGUGUCACUCAGCUCCCCAAGCUCAAUACCUUGAAUUUUGGCGGGAAUUUUUUCUAUGGUGAGAUCCCUCCAAGCUAUGGAGACAUGGUUCAGCUCAACUUUCUGUCUCUUGCCGGAAAUGAUUUGAGGGGUGUCAUACCAUCUGAGCUUGGGAAUCUCACUGACCUGACACAGCUUUUCUUGGGAUACUACAAUCAGUUUGAUGGUGGAAUCCCUCCUCAGUUUGGUAAGUUGGUUAAUUUGACUCAUCUUGACCUUGCAAGCUGUGGUUUGACAGGUCCAAUUCCGGCUGAGUUGGGAAAUCUCAACAAAUUAGACACUCUCUUUUUGCAAACUAACCAGCUCAGUGGCUCAAUCCCUCCCCAACUAGGCAACAUGAGUGGCAUGAAGUGUCUUGAUCUGUCAAACAAUGAGCUAACAGGAGACAUCCCCAAUGAGUUUUCAGGCCUUCACCAACUCACCCUCUUGAACUUGUUCAUCAACAGGUUGCAUGGUGAAAUUCCACCUUUCAUUGCGGAGCUGCCUAACUUGGAAGUGCUGAAACUUUGGCAGAACAACUUCACAGGGGCAAUUCCCCCAAGACUUGGCCAAAAUGGUAAAAUGGUUGAGCUUGACCUGUCAACAAACAAGCUCACUGGAUUGGUGCCUAAAUCUCUUUGCCUUGGGAGGAGGCUGAGGAUUUUGAUUCUUCUCAAUAAUUUUCUCUUUGGAUCUUUGCCGGCUGAUAUUGGCCAAUGCUACACACUACAGAGAGUUCGUUUGGGACAGAACUAUUUGACAGGGUCAAUACCAAAUGGUUUUCUGCACUUGCCUGAGUUAGAUCUUUUAGAAUUGCAGAACAAUUACCUCAGUGGUUGGCUUCCACAAGAGACAAACACUGCACCCUCUAAACUUGGACAGUUGAAUCUAUCAAACAAUCGCCUAACCGGGUCUCUACCAAGCUCUAUUGGAAACUUUCCCAACUUGCAAAUUCUGCUGCUUCACGGAAAUAGACUCUCAGGAGAAAUUCCUCCAGAUAUAGGGAGGUUAAAAAAUAUCCUCAAGUUGGAUUUAAGUGUCAACAACUUCUCAGGCACCAUCCCUCCAGAGAUAGGUAACUGUUUGUUGCUCACCUAUUUAGAUUUGAGCCAAAACCAACUGUCAGGUCCUAUCCCAGUUCAGCUUUCUCAAAUUCACAUAAUGAACUAUCUCAAUGUCUCAUGGAACCACCUAAACCAAAAUCUUCCCAAGGAACUUGGGGCCAUGAAGGGCUUGACUUCAGCAGAUUUUUCUCACAAUGACUUCUCUGGUUCAAUACCUGAGGAGGGGCAGUUUUCAGUGUUUAACUCUACAUCCUUUAUUGGGAAUCCUCGACUCUGUGGAUAUGAAAUGAAUCCAUGUAAACAUUCUUCAAAUUCUGUAUUGGAGUCCCAAGACAGUAGCAGCACAAAGCCUGGUGUUCCUGGGAAGUAUAAGCUUCUUUUUGCAGUGGCACUGUUGGCUUGUUCGUUAGCAUUUGCAACCUUGGCCUUUAUCAAGAGCAGGAAGCAAAGAAGGCACUCCAAUUCAUGGAAGCUCACAACAUUUCAGAAACUGGAAUAUGGAAGUGAAGACAUCAUAGGGUGCAUAAAGGAAAGCAAUGUCAUAGGAAGAGGAGGAGCUGGGGUUGUGUACCAUGGAACCAUGCCAAAUGGAGAGCAAGUAGCUGUGAAGAAGCUGUUAGGAAUCAACAAAGGAUGUUCUCAUGAUAAUGGUCUCUCUGCAGAAAUAAGGACACUAGGCAGAAUCAGGCACAGGUACAUUGUGAGGUUGCUGGCAUUUUGCUCAAAUAGAGAGACCAAUUUGCUUGUUUAUGAGUACAUGCCAAAUGGAAGCUUGGGAGAGGUUUUGCAUGGGAAAAGGGGAGAGUUUCUCAAGUGGGAUACCAGGCUGAAAAUAGCAACAGAAGCUGCAAAAGGACUUUGCUAUUUACACCAUGAUUGUUCCCCUCUGAUAAUCCACAGAGAUGUGAAGUCAAACAACAUACUAUUGAACUCUGAAUUUGAGGCUCAUGUUGCUGAUUUUGGACUUGCCAAGUUCUUGCAAGAUACUGGGACAUCAGAGUGCAUGUCAUCCAUUGCUGGUUCUUACGGUUACAUAGCUCCAGAAUAUGCAUACACGUUGAAAGUUGAUGAGAAAAGUGAUGUCUACAGCUUUGGAGUGGUGUUGCUAGAACUACUAACUGGUAGAAAGCCAGUGGGGAAUUUUGGGGAAGAAGGAGUAGACAUUGUUCAGUGGACCAAGUUGCAAACAAAUUGGAGCAAAGAGAAAGUGGUGAAGAUUCUUGAUGAAAGGCUAUGUCACAUUCCCUUAGAUGAAGCAAAGCAGGUAUACUUUGUGGCCAUGUUAUGUGUUCAGGAACAAAGCGUGGAGAGACCAACCAUGAGGGAAGUGGUUGAAAUGCUUGCACAAGCAAAGCAACCAAACACAUUCCAAAAGCAGUGAUCUACUACUACCAAAGAAGCAAAAGAAAAGUUAAAGAACAAAUAAAGAAAAAGCUGAGUCUAUGCAUGUGUCUUACAUGUGUUAAUGCUGUCGGUUGGUGGUGAUGUCAAUUUUCCUAACUAGUUUGUCAUUUGAGUUUUAAAGGAUUAACACUUAGCUGUGGGAACAUGGGACUUGCAAAUGUUGUAGGAAUACUGCAGAAUUUACUAUAGUUGGAGAAUGAUGCUAAAGGGGAAAGAGAACCAAUGUUGAUAAUGUCACAGGAGUAUGUACAAUACGUGGGGAUUGGAGUUAGGGUACUGGCAUCUCUUUUUCUACUUACUUCCUUAUAAUAAGCCUCAAAAUUACAAUUUCCUUACCA